CCAUCUCCUGCUCCUUGUUGUCCUACAGAAUUUCCAAAGAUGCCGCGUGCAGAAGUCGGAACGCCAAAAUACCUCGCGAACAAGAUGAAGUCCAAGGGACUCCAGCGGCUGCGAUGGUACUGCCAAGUCUGCCAAAAGCAAUGUCGAGAUGAGAACGGCUUCAAGUGUCAUUCUCAAACCGAGUCGCACCUUCGGCAGAUGCUUGCUGUCGGGGAGAAUGCGUCUUCGCAUAUUAACAACUACUCGAUGGAGUUCCAGCAUGAUUUCGUUCAGUUGUUAUCGAGGCGAUUCGGCACGAAACGCGUACACGCCAACCGCGUGUACCAAGAACUCAUCCAAGACAAGCAACACACGCACAUGAACGCCACACGCUGGGUCACACUCAGCGAGUUCGUCAAACACCUCGGUCGGUCCGGAAUCGCUCGGGUAGACGAAACAGAGAAAGGAUGGUUCAUCGCAUGGAUCGACAGCUCACCCAAAGCAUUGCAGAAGCAGGAAGCGUCAAUGAAGAAGGAACGUGCUGCGAUGUCAGACGAGGCAAGGGAAAGGAUGUUGAUCGCUGAGCAGAUUGAGCGAGCGGAGAAAGAGAAUGAGAUGAAGGGGGAGGGCUCGUCGUCGAGUGAAGGGGAGGAGAAACCCGCUGUGGAAGAAGGGUUGAAGAAGGAUGAAGGCGAGAAAGUCGUGCUAUCCUUCAGCGCUAAACCAGCCACCGCUUCAUCAUCCAACUCACCACCUGACUCUACCUCUUCAACUCCGGCACCAAUUGGCUUGAAACUCAACCCUCUCAAACCCAUGGCAACAAACUCACUCAAACGGCCAAACGUUUUCAAGAACGCUCUCGCGGGGAAAGCAGACAAGAACCAAGACAAGGAGAAGGACCCGGAGAAAGUGGCCGGGAAGAAGCGCGAUGCACCUAUGAGCGCGGCAGAGCGUCUCAUUUUUGAGGACCAGGAGCGCAAACGACGGAAGAUGGAGAGAGACGCAGAACGGCUUACUACUUGAGUUCAUUCCUGUCUUUCGCUUCUUGUUAAUUUUCGAAUUCUUACUUUGCUCAGUUUCUGUUGUAUUUAACACCACGGAUCAAUGUAUUAGAGUUUCAGAGGGCUCUUGUAAU